AUGUCUUUCAUGGGCGGUGCAGAAUGUUCGACAGCAGGAAAUCCUCUUAGUCAAUUCACCAAACAUGUUCAGGAUGACAAGAGUUUACAGAGAGAUAGAUUGGUCGGUAGAGCGCCUGGAGGCGGUAUGCAGGGCAUGCGCUCCGGCAUGAAUAUGAACGGAAGUCAAGAUCAUAUGAUGAACGAUUUUAUGCAACAAAAUGGUCAACUCCCACCAGAAGCUUUCGCUAUGCAACAUGAUCUUCAUCAAAACGCACAAAUGAGAAAUGGAACUCAAUCUCCAGCUGUUGGAGGAUGGGCUCAGGAGUUCAAUCCUGGGAUGCCAGGAAUGUCAGAACAGGCAAUGAUGGAGGCGGCGUUCCAAGCUCCCAAAGGUACAGCAUUCAGUCCUGCGGAUUUUGCUAGAUUUCAACAGAUGGGCCAAUCAAGCUCCGCGCGUUCUGCGAGUCCUAUGGCGCAAAAUAUGUCGAAUGGUUAUUCAUAUCAAGGUCCUCAAAUGGGUAUGGGUAUGGGUAUGAACAUGGGAAUGAUGGGCAUGAACAGAAUGGGUAUGGGCAUGAAUAUGAUGAAUCAACCACAGUAUCAACAACCUGCGCAGGAUUUACAACAAGACAAAGGAAAGGGAAAGAUGGUUGAGCUCGAUGAUCAAAAUUGGGAAGAGCAAUUCAAGCAGAUUGAUUUGCAAGGAAAGGAGCUCGAAGAGAGUUUGGCGGCGGAAGGAGAGUUAAAUGAAAUGGAUAGGUCAGUCCUUGAAUCUGAAACCAAUGAAUUUGGGGAUUUUGAAUCUAUUUGGAAGGGCAUACAAGCUGAAAAUGCUGCUGCUAGGGAAAUGGCCGGCGAACAAAGCCUAAACGGUAUGAACAUAAGCGAAUUCGAUCAAUGGGACGGAUUUGAUGCUGUAGGAACACAUCAAUCGCCAUUCCGCGAUCCACAACUCGGAGAUUAUAUGUUUGAGAACGAGAACCUUUUUAAAGAUAUCUCCAAUCCAUUCGAUGAGGGUGUGCGGAUAAUGCACGAGGGAGGUAACUUAUCUCUCGCCGCACUAGCUUUUGAGGCCGCGGUACAAAAAGAUCCCCAGCACGUUGAUGCAUGGGUAUUAUUAGGUUCAGCACAAGCCCAAAAUGAAAAGGAAACGCCAGCAAUCCGAGCGUUAGAACAGGCUCUGAAAGUUGAUCCUAUGAAUCUUACAGCCCUCAUGGGCCUAGCAGUUUCCUACACGAACGAAGGUUAUGAUAGUACCGCUUAUCGUACACUUGAGCGUUGGCUCUCCAUCAAAUAUCCAUCUAUCAUUGAGCCAGGCGCCCUGUCUUCUGAGAAUGACAUCGGCUUCACCGACCGACAUCAACUUCAUGAAAAGGUUACAGAUUUAUUCAUUCGCGCCGCUCAACUUUCACCAGAUGGCGAACACAUGGAUCCAGAUGUACAAGUAGGUCUCGGAGUCCUUUUCUACGGUGCUGAAGAGUACGACAAAGCAGUUGAUUGUUUCACCUCUGCCCUAGCCUCCACCGAAUCUGGAACCUCGAAUCAAAGAGACCAAGUUCAUCUCUUAUGGAAUCGUCUCGGCGCUACCCUCGCAAAUUCAGGCCGCAGCGAAGAAGCUAUCGCAGCCUACGAAAAAGCACUCACGCUCCGCAUCAACUUCGUACGAGCUCGCUACAAUCUUGGUGUUUCUUGCAUCAAUAUCGGAUGUUUUGAUGAAGCUGCUUCUCAUCUUCUAGGUGCAUUAGCUAUGCAUAAAAUUGUGGAAAAUGAAGGUAAAGAAAAGGCAAGAGAUGUACUGGGUGGUGGAAGUGUCAGUGACGCGGAUCUUGAAAGAAUGAUCUCGCAAAAUCAAAGCACUAAUUUGUAUGAUACGCUGAGAAGAGUUUUUAGUCAGAUGGGGAGAAGAGAUUUAUCGGAACGCGUUGUGGCGGGUAUGGAUGUGGAGAGUUUUAGAGGAGAGUUUGAUUUUUAA